AUGCGUCCGUUAUGGCUGGGUCGCUCCAUCUCCACCUGGCUUCGCGAGGCCCCGUGGAUGAGUAACGUUUGCAUCGGGACGACAAUUGGAUUUACUGCCGAUGUCUUGACGCAGAUUGUGGUCAGGAAGCCAUCUUCGCCGCGGGACCGUGCUCAGGCGCAGGGUAGUUCGCGGUUGGUGGUAAGGUGUCCCACUUUUAUUCACAGAUUGGUGGCUCGCGCUAGGGUUGAGAAGGAUACUCCAGUCCCCCUGAUUGACCUUCGGCGUAGUUUUAUCUUUUGUAGUUUUACCGUCGUGUUUAAUACGUUUUUCUUUCUCUCGUUGUACCGGAGGCUGGAUGCUCUUUAUCCACCGGCCAGUGUAACCCGAUCUCAGGCAGUUGUGAAGGGGUUCCUAAGUUGGGUAGCAGCCAACGCGACAACGCCUUUAUAUUUCUCGUAUGUCGCGACAUUGAGCCAUUAUUUUAUUUACCACACGGGUCGUCACCGUCUUUGCGCAUCUGAGGGAGAUUACUUUGGGCGCUCAGUGGAGUUCCCAGUUUUUCGGGAAGGGGUGAGGCGGCAGAUACACCGGCAGCUGAGUGAAGACUGGCCUGAUACGAUCAAAUACGGCCUUAUCUUUUGGGGCGCAAACUGGCUGCCAAUGUUCUACUAUAUUCCUCCUCACUUUCGUUAUGUCUACAGUUCCUGCUUACAGGUGGCGUGGAGUGCCAUUAUGUCUCACGUGAUGCAUCGUCAAGUGGGUAGAAGCCAAGCUGGACGCGAACUAAAAAGUGUAGAAGCAUAA